AGCCAUGACCGUUUCCCUCCCUCCCUCUCUUUGCUGAAGUUAACUAAAACACAAUCCCAAAAUUCCCAAAAUCUUUGAUUUCUCUCACAUUUAUAUAAUGGAAAAUGGAAAAUUGGGGUUUCCUAAUUCUAGUUUGGUUCUGUUCCACAAAUUUCUCUCCCAUUUCUCCUCACACCUCCUCCUCCUCCUGAUUCCGGGCUUGUGUGGUGGUCCACUCAAGAGUCAAGAACCAGCGCAUUCCCCUUCUCAAUUCCCACCAAUUCCCAUUCCCUUUCCAACCCAUGAUUCCUUCUUUCGUUUUCUCCCCACUUUUCAAGAAAGAUUUCGUCUUCCUUUGACAAUUGCUUGGGAAACAAACAAUCACUGCUUCAAAGGGGAAAAGAUUGCAGCUUUGUUGGUUUUCAUUGCCGCAUUGAAUUUCUGGUUAAAUCGACAUUAUCUUGUGCUAGAAGUAAUGGAUUUUUGUGAUGAUAUGAUCAGGAAUUACCUUUGAGGGGUGUUGUGUCAUUGUUACCCCAAUUUCAUGUCUUCAAAUCCAGCCAAUUUUUCUGACUCUUCUGAGAUGAGUUAUAGCUCGUCAGAAGAAACAAAAUACGGAACCAAGAUCAAAUCUCAGGUCAAGAGUGGUGCCAAUUCAUCGAAUGAUAAGGUUUACGACCCAAAAAACGUAGAUAGAACAGGUAAAUCUAAUGCCAGGUCAACCAAUAAUCCAUCAGGUGGACCUCAGCAAGUGGAUCAAGUUUCCAAAGGAACAGAACUCAGUACUAAGGCUACAGCUGAGACAAUCACCAACAAUCGUCCAUCUCCAAGCCCAAUGGCACCUGCAAAUUCUGAACUUCUAACCAAUUCAACAGGAAUGGCUACAGGAGGUAUGAAAAGUAACAAUUCUGUCACCAAACUUACCCAAAUGAGCGGCACUAGCUCCCGCUCUGACAGCUUAGAGAGCUCCUCCAGUGCACCCCUCAGGCCUCAUACUGGUGGCGACGUGCGGUGGGAUGCCAUUAACAUGGUCUCUAAAGGUUCCCCACUUAAUCUUAGCCAUUUUCGGCUUCUCAAGCGCCUAGGAUAUGGAGAUAUUGGCAGUGUGUAUCUUGUUGAACUCAGAGGAACAAACACAUUUUUUGCCAUGAAAGUCAUGGACAAGGCGUCUCUUGCUAGUAGAAACAAGCUGUUGCGAGCACAGACAGAAAGAGAGAUACUUGGACUUCUUGACCACCCAUUCUUGCCCACUCUCUAUUCUUACUUUGAAACUGAUAAGUUCUAUUGCUUGGUCAUGGAGUACUGUAGUGGAGGUAAUCUACAUUCUCUUCGGCAGAAGCAACCAAACAAGCAUUUUACAGAGGAAGCUUCACGGUUUUAUGCAUCACAGAUUUUGUUAGCACUUGAGUAUCUGCACAUGCUAGGAAUUGUGUACAGGGAUUUAAAACCAGAAAAUGUUCUAGUAAGAGACGAGGGUCAUAUCAUGCUCUCAGACUUUGAUCUCUCACUCCGUUGUUCUGUCAAUCCUACGCUAGUCAAGUCUUCAUCUGCCCAUGUAAGCAAUGGUGGUGCUGCCGGUGGUGGUGGUGGGGGCAUUGUAGACGAUGACCUUGCUGUGCAGGGUUGUAUGCAGCCAUCCCAUUUCUUUCCACGCAUUUUACCUACCAAGAACAGGAAAUCCAAAUCAGAUUUUGGCCUUUCUGCUAAUGGUUCCCUCCCUGAACUGAUGGCAGAGCCUACAAAUGUGCGUUCCAUGUCAUUUGUUGGAACACAUGAAUACCUAGCCCCAGAGAUUAUUCGUGGAGAGGGCCAUGGUAGUGCAGUGGACUGGUGGACAUUUGGUAUCUUCUUAUACGAGCUCUUACAUGGGACAACCCCCUUCAAGGGUCAUGGAAAUCGUGCCACACUCUUCAACGUUGUAGGCCAGUCUUUGAAAUUCCCAGAAACACCACAAGUGAGCGUUGUGGCGCGUAAUCUCAUACGAGGACUCUUGGUGAAAGAACCACAUAAGCGAAUUGCAUACAAAAGGGGUGCCACAGAAAUAAAGCAACACCCAUUUUUCGAGGGAGUGAACUGGGCUCUGGUGAGAUGUGCCAUGCCUCCCCACAUUCCUGAACCGGUAGACUUUUCACAAUAUGCCAGCAAGGAGGUGAACUCUGCAGACAAAAAGAUGACAGACGUGGGAGUUGAUAAGAAGAACGGUAGCAAUGAUUCAUCUUAUGUAGAGUUUGAGUACUUCUAGCACUCCUUUCGGAUGAUAUGUUACAUCUCGGGAGGAAAACUACACUGUACAAAGAGCAAAACGUUGCAACCCAAUGAGAUAAAUACUAAUAGCAUUACAUGUUGAGGGUUUCACAGGGAAAACUUUUGUUGACAGAAUAUUAUUGAUUUCUUUCUAGGCAAGGGGAAAUAAAAACUCAUAUAUAGGGAUGGAAAUUGCAUCCGAAGUUUUGCAUGUCAUUCUUUCAUGUGUGUAUAUACGUAGAUUUGUGUGUUAAGGAUUUGUCGAUAUGUACUACAUUGUAUGAUUUGUAUUUGGUCUGGUGUAACAUACUCUCAAAUGAUUCAGUAGGACUAAUAUUUGUUCCA